UCAUCCAUCGCAAAGAAACCGUCUGAGUUGCUGUUCCACUGAAACAAGAGAAAGCUGCGAGCUGAGAAGCAAGGAGAACGACAUGAAUCUAAAGCUCAAGGUGGUGAUUAUUGUACUUCUCGCUAUCCCCUAUGCUGCCUUUGGCCUGAAUUGUCACAAAUGUUCAAGCAAAAAAUCUUGGGAAGAAUGCGACGAUAAAAAGUCAAGCAAAGUGACGUGCGCCGGAAAUGACGCUACAUGCUAUAAGGUUCACUACUCUACUGAGGACAAAACUAUCCAAGUGUUUGCGAAGUCCUGUGGACCUAAAACCUAUUGCACAAAGACUGCAAAUCCCGUUUGCAAAGUUCAUCUUGGUGCGUCAGAUUGUAAAAUAUCUUGCUGUGAAGAAGACAUGUGCAACACAGCCUCACGGGCUGGUUUGAGUGGCCUUGUAAUGCUAUCAGGCGUUCUCGUUGCAGCGCUGUGCAGUUAAAGGCACAAAGGAACCUCGAUGA